AUGAGUAAACAUGUCCCAACCGAGAUAUGGGACUCAGGACCCCAUCACGAUGUUACUAAUUGGCUUGUACAACUUCAGGGAAACGCAAUUCAAUCUCCCGUUUUAGAUUCUUCUCUCAUGGCCUUCUUCUCUGGGAGAGUAGGUCAUAUGCAAGGAGACUGGGACUUGGUUGCUAGAAGCCACUCUAAAUACAUUGAUGGUCUGGCUUAUCUUCAGCGCGCUCUUAAUCAUUCUUCAGAUCGGGUUUCUGAUGAGACGCUUGCGGCUUGUAUGGCGUUGAGCUUUUAUGAGCUUAGUGAGGGGCCUGGUGGGGCGGAUAAUGCCUUUGGGGCUCAUUUUAAGGGUGCUAUGAUGCUUUUGAAGAUGCGUGGGCCUGAGGCUUGUGCGGGUUCGCCGCUUGGGCAUGCUUUGUUUUUGGCUUUGAGGGUUCAAAUUGUGAGUUACGGAUUUUGA